CCGACUAAAGCAGUAUUUCUACACUUGUGUGCUCGUAGCGCGUCCUGAGGUGUUAUUUGCCGUAUCAUUUGACCUCAUUGUGACAGAAAUGUUCUUAGGACAUACAUUUAGACGGAGUCUGAAAAGCAACUUGCUUGUUUCGAGUAGCAAUGUUUCCUUUUCACUCGAUUGUACGCGUUACAGAAGGCGGAUUGUCUCAUCAGGCUUGGCGAGUACACGCGUGAAACGAUCAGUUAUGACAUCCUGCUUUUGUAAGAGGUGGCAGAAUACAGAAAAUUAUCAUAUCGCAGUCAAAAACCCUUUAUCUUCGAGAACUAUAUUACAAUACAAGCCAAUCGACUAUGGGUCUGUAGACCUAAACAGCAAAAGUCUCAGUAGGCGGCAAGUGCACACUUACUGGAAAACUCUCGGCUCAAAUCUUUUUACUAAGCCAGUAAAUCCUGGUGAAAACUAUAGCUCACGUUAUCCGCUGAUUCUGACAACUCGACAGGCGUCAGCCACAACAAAGUCUUCACCGAGGACAAAGUCAAAAGCAAAGACAAAGCUGAAGACCAAAAUCAAGUCUGAUUCAAAGCAGAAGAAACCCAAACAGCUUUCGUUUGUGGAAAGGGCGUUAGUCCAUCGCAUGUCACACAUAGGAAAAUCUUCUUCUGGCUGGAGAGAAAUAGUGAUGAUGCUAAAACAACAGGAAGUGAUAGGUAUCAGACCGCAUCUGAUGUUGUACAAUCAUGCGAUUAGCGAGUGUGCGCGUGCUGGCGAAUGGCGCGUCGCCCAAACAUUGUUGUCAAGCCUAUCGCGAAGAAGAAAAAAACCGCAUGUUUCCCUGUAUGAAACUGUUAUCAAGGCGUGUGGACGCGCUGGUCAGUGGGAAGAAGCUAUGGUCAUUUUCCGACACUUGCAAAAUGGGGAAAAGCCGGCUGGUCUGGAUGCCUACCACGCGAUCAUGAAUGCGUGCGCUAAUAGUGGUAACUGGGAGAUGGUUAUGUAUAUACUGGAUGAUAUAAAUGACCGCCAAAUCGGGCCGACCACGGCGACGACUUAUACCAUCGCUAUCAAAGCUCUGGCCUUACGUGGACAGUGGGAGGUUGCAGAAGGAAUUUUGCAGCAGGUUACUGGAUUGGGAGAGGUGCAACUUAACUAUAGGACUACUUAUUGGAUGCUUCGGGCCUACGCCGAAGGAGGCCAAAAGGAGAAACUCAGCCAACUACUUCAGAAUACUUUGGCGGAGAUCACUUCACAGAAGGAAGCCGAACUCAAAAUGGUCGAUGACCAGGGUGCAAGUUUGGUGUCAAAGGAGGAUAGUAUCUCCCGUGUAGAUGUGCAAAUAUUGUUGCAAACAGCAAUAUUGAUGUGUGCCGUACGUGGCAAGCAAGCAAAAGAAGCUACUGAGUUGAUGUUUGAACUGGAAACAAAGUUUAAGCAAAAGCCUCUCAUGAGCACUUUGGUUUACUACGCACUUGCUCUUUGCAAUGGGGGCGCGACAAAUCAAGCAAUGGAGUUGCUACGAAAAGAGAAAAAAAAUCACUCGGCCAGAAGUUUGCAGCCCCUAUGCGUCGCGGUAUUGACUGGACAGAUCAAUGACAGUCUAUUCGAUGACGCCUUCGAUAUGUACGAGAUGGGAUUCGUGCGAAAUCGAUUUCGAAUUGAUGACGUAACUCUAUAUAGCAGGUUUAUAAUCGGCUAUGGCGUGAAGAACUCUUCAGCGCGAUGGCAAAUGUUAAACAAACUUUUUGACGCCAUUGAUGAGCCGGAAAUGGUUUACAUCGACAGUAGGAAUAUGCAAAAAGUCUCUAAUUUGGACCUCCGAUCUUUCCACUCUCUGCUUAGAAACUAUCAUGUACAACAGAGAUGGGAAGUAGCCGAGUCUGUACUUCAGGAAAUAGCGACGCAAGCAGACUCAUUAGAGGAACUGCAGUUCAAUGCGAAUGUCCAAAACGAGCACAAAGCAGCAUUAUGGAAAUGGGCAGUGAAGAUGCUAGAACUCAAGAAAACAAUGCCUAGUGGUCCGACAGUAGAUGUUCAGGGAGCAAUUCUCUUCUAAAUUUUGCACGCACAACCAUUCCAUAUGGUGCCAGUUAAGCUAAAGUAUAGCUUGGUCUUGGGCAAAAAUCGAUUUCGAGAAUUCCUCGAAUCAGGAAGGCAAUGCAAAUGUUUUUAGAAGCAAAAUCCAGAAUGACAGCUGGUACUAGACUUUUUUGCUGUGAUAUCUUGGGUCUGCAUAUGAUGAUUAGUCAGUUAUCGCUUCACAGUUCAUAUAUCAAGGUCAAAUUUGGCAUUUUGCGUUCUAUGACCGGACCAAAAGUCUGAAAACAACCAUUAUAAUUUUUAUAACUUAUAUUCUUGAAAACAAAGUAAACAUAUGCAAUUCGAC